AUGCAGGUGGUUUCGAAUAUCCGAUGUCGCCCUAAUGGUGAUCCCCAGUCGUUUCUUCAGGUUGACAGCUUUGAGCUCCUUCUUGACCUCCGCAAACAACUCGCUGUUGUUAUAGCUAAGUACGUUGUGAUUACCAAGUGGAAACGAGUCUUGGAUGUAUUUGCUGAAAGUCUAUCGGAAGAAUGA